AUGACGUCGCCGGUUUGGCUUCUCGUCGUUGUCGUCGGCAGUGUUGUCGCGCAAGAGCCGCCGCUGAAUGACGACCGACGUCCGCCCGAUCAGAUUAUUCGAUUUGGCUCGAAUGAGCCGGUUCUUGCCAUCAAGCCGCGCCAAUUCCAAAUCGAUGUGCCGGUGAUGCCGGAUAUUCUCGGCGAGCAGCGGCCGAAGAGAAGCUUCGCCACCUAUGCUCAAUCGCCGGUCUAUUCUCAACAAUAUCUGCCAGCGCCACAAUACCAGGCUACUUAUCAGCUGGGACCAAAACACGUCUUCCAGCAACCUAUUCAGUAUCCAAGAUUGAAUUUAAGACCGCAGCCGAUUGCAAGCUUCUAUCAAGCGCCGGUUGCCAGGCCGAUUUUCAGGCCUGUCGUUAGACCGUCGGCGUAUGUUCCAAAACCGGCAGCUCCGCCACCGCAGCCUGCUGCUAGAAUCCAGCCAAAACCUUAUCUAGAGCGUCCGUUGCCGUCAAAUGGCAACUAUGGGGAGGAUAUGGUGUACUCUGAGAACUCGUUGCCUCGUCCCGCUCCACGCCCCACACCGGCUUAUAUUCCGCCGCGAGAGGAGUAUCAUGAGGUGGCUCCGAUUCGUCGUCCAGCUUCACCACGAAAACUUGUUACAAAUCCGCCGAGACCUGCGACGACUCGCCGCCCGAGCACCUAUUUGACGACGCCAGCUUAUGUGGAGCCGACAACGGUGACGUAUGUGGAGCCGACAACGGUGGUGUAUGCUGAGCCGACAACAACAACAACAACAACGAGGAGAGCGACGACGACAACACCGAGAAGGACUACCAGAAGAAGAACAACACCGAGAAAGACGACGACGACACCAGUCCCAACUACGACCGCUGUAGUGCGUAACGUGUACAGUCCCCCGCCAGUAAUCGCAUCAUAUGAGCCAUUGCCUGUCGAAGUCACUUAUGAUGAAACGUAUGUUGGACAGUACUACUAUGGGAAAAAGGGAGAAGGCAAUGUAACGUUCCCAUUGCCGUCGUGCUUCUUCAAUCCAAGCGGUUAUGUUUGCUGCAAUUUGAUGCUUAAUGAGCUUAUGUCAACCUCUUAUGAGCAAACGUUUAAGGAGACGAAGAGCAAAUGCAAUAUUCAGAAGAUUGCGAAUAAACUUCAGACUUAUGCUGAAAGCAUAUUUGCGUCGAAUUUCGAAACGAUAGUUUCGUUGGAGGAUUUCUCGCAGAAAAUCCACUUUAGAGACAAUUUGGUGUGCAAGAUCGAGGUUGAUGGAAAAUUCAUUCUUGCCUAUGGCACACCUUAUUCGGUGGAUCCGAAGAAGAUCAUUCCGACGGUUCCGGCGAAGGAUGGUGUGCAAGAUUCGGCGAAUUUGCGGGCUGAGGUGAAGGAGAAGAUUGAGAAUAUUGACAAGAUGAAGAAAGAAUUGUAA